AUGGAAGACAACAUUCACAUGAAAUUUGCGAAAAUCCUGAUGAUAAUAUUAGGAAUAUGGCCGGUCAAACUAACAGGUUGGAAACUGAACCUCUAUAACGCAUAUUUUUACGCAAGCUACGUGUACUACAUCAUGUACGAUAUAAGUCAAGGAGCAAUAAUUUUUAUCGCCAGAGGAACAUUUCUGCAAACAGCUGGAAACCUUGGAGUAACAAUCGUUUACGUAAUCAACAUCUACAAAGUUUUCAUAUGCAGAUCCACGCCAGUGAAGAAGAUUUUGCAGGAGAUUGAAGCAAAAGAACGGCUCAUCCUGGAAAACGAUGAUGACACAAUUAAAAAAAUAUACUACCACCAUGUGGACUCGGCUAUGCUAGCGAUGAAAUACUACGUUUCUUUAGGUUCAGUUGGAAUAUCGCUGUACUAUAUUGCCCCCAUAGUCAGAAACCUCGUUGAAGAAAACGAUCACAAGUAUCUCAUUAUCACCAGUUGGUUUCCUUUUGAUUCUGACAAGCACUAUGCCGUGGCUUAUCUGAUUCAAUUCUUCGGCGGAUUCUAUGGUUACGCUUAUAUAGUCUACUGUGGUUCCUUCUUCUUUUGCAUGCUAAAGUACUGCGUGGGGCAGAUAAAAAUUUUGCAGCAUAUUUUUAGAAACCUCCGGCAGUACACUGUUAAAUAUUCUCGUAAUAAUGACCUCGAUGAAAAAUGUUCCGAAGAAAUUUUCGUUAAAUUAUGCAUAAGAGAACACCAGUAUAUAAUUAGGUAA